CAGGCCAUGAAAUUAAGUGAGGAAAGUGACCACUACCUGCCAGAGUGUGAACAUUAAUGAAGAGAGAAGAUCUGUUUAAAGGACCAUACUCUGGAAGAGAACCGCUUCUCUGAAACUGACAAAAAUGGCAAUCACCGUGACAGAUUUCCUACGUGAUCGGGGGGUUCCAGAAGAAGCACUCACACUAAUCGAGGAGCAAAAGAUCGACAGGGAUGUCAUCUUGCUUAUGGACGAUUCAGCUUUGGCUAACUACAUUCCCUCAUAUGGAGACAGAAUUGCUCUUUUUAAUUUUUGCAAAAAUCAGAAACCUGUCUCAAAGCGAAAAAUGGGCCUUUUUUAAAAGCUCAGAGAAAAAAUGAAACUAAGAAAGGAAACCAAACAAAGUGAAGAGGAGCCUAAAACCUCUAAAUCCAACUCUAGACGAAGAGUCAUUAGACGGACUGUUGAGAUAGGUUGGAUACACCAAGACAAUACUGAAAUCAAACAGGUUAGAGCAAAGCAAGGAGGAGGGACCAGAAAAGUUGUUAUGAACAUCAGUGGUGGAUAUAAUGACAUCCUGAAAGAAGGGAAAAGUCUUUUUUUCCCAAAUGGUGUUUCAAGUAAAGGCCAUGAAUCAGACUUCACAUUUGAUGUUUGGGAUUUUCAGCAAAAUUCCUUAUCUGGUGACAUCUCAAUUGGCACAAUAUAUGACACCAUCAAACUUCCCAUGCUGCGUUUCUACAUUGCCACAAAGCAACAAUCAGUUGUAGAUGUUUCUUCUACUGAAUCAGAACACACUGAUGUUAAUUCUAACUUUGAUGGCCAGGAUGACAUUAUUGAAUUUUCUGACAGCCAGUCCUUUUCUUCGGCACCCAAUUACUCAGAUAAUGAUCAGGACAGUCCUCAUCAGCAAGUUGCCUCUGACCAGUCAAUUGUUACAAAUCAGCCAGUCACCACAGAUCCCAUGGUGGCUUCAGAGGUCCAUUUUAUCUUACCAGAGAUAUUAUCAGAUGAUGCAGUUGUUCUUCACGACUAUGUAACACUGGGAGAAAAUCCACAUAAUAUCUCUGACCCAGAAAUUACAUUUGGCCCAAAUCCAGAAGAUGAUUUUGAUAAUGCUGACACACUGAUUUAUCAGCCUGAAACACCUGACCAUUCACCUCAAACAAAAAUGCUAACCAUACACCACGCAAAUUGUUUCAAUGAUAUGAUUGAAGCAUUUUCUGACCCAGACACUCUGACUACACAACUGACAGUGAGGCGACUACUUCCAGAUAAUUCUGAGGAAGCUGGUAGUGGCUCAGGGAUACUCAGAGAUAUCUUUAGUGCCUUUUGGCAAGAAUUCUAUGAUCGUUGCACUCUUGGUACAUCGGUGAAAGUGCCCUUCAUCAGACAUGAUUUCAAGGCUGACACCUGGAAAGCUAUUGGCAGAAUUUUCUUGAGAGGAUACCAAGAUUGCCACUACCUUCCCAUCAAGCUUGCAUCCCCUUUUGUUGAGGAGAUGUUAUUUGGAGUAGUGUACAGUGACCUGACAGAAGUCUUUCUUCAGUUUGUAAGCUGCCAGGAGCGAGAGAUCCUCAGACAGGCUUUACAGGACUUCUCUUCCAUUGAAGCUGAUGACCUUCUUGAGGUCCUUGACAACUAUGAGUGCAGAAGAAGAGCCUCAGCAGAAAAUCUACAAUCAAUUUUGAUUGAAAUUUCACACAAAGAACUUGUGCAAAAGCCAAUGUUUGUAAUUGAUUGUUGGAGGGAUAUUGCAAAACCACAAAUCAGUCUGCAUUAUGAGAAGCUAAGGAAGAUGUACGAUGACCUUAAACCCACAUCUAAAAAGGUGACAAGGCUGUUAAAGUUUCCAGGUGAUAUGACAGCAAAGCAAAAAGAGGUUGAGCAUCAUCUCAAAAGGUAUAUCAGAGAACUCAAUGAAGAAAAACUAGGGAAGUUUCUGAGAUUCUGCACAGGUUCUGAUUUGAUUGUGUCAGACAGUGUCACUGUGGAGUUUACAGUAAUGUCUGAUUUUACAAGACGUCCAAUAGGACGAACAUGUGGCAUGUUCCUACAGCUACCUGAUAGCUACGAAAAUUUCCCUGACUUUCGUGCUGAAUUCAACGAAAUUCUUGAAAGCAACAUUUGGGUGAUGGAUAUUGUGUAG